CUUAAUCAGAAAAGCCCGUAAGUCCACUUUUUGGGUAAAUCGACAUUUUGGUGCCAUCUGUUGCGCAAAAAAAUAAACUACACGUUUGGUAAAUCCCGUAAUUACAAAAAAAAGUGCUAAAUUAUAAAUGCAAUAAUAUCUUUCCCCGCAAGUCCAUGCCUCUUUGGAACCGAAACGUAAAACCCGUAUCUCCACUAGUUAUCAUGUAAACAAAGACGCGUACUGUCGGUUCCAGUUGUUUUAUCAAUUUUUUAUUGUUUUUUUUUUUAGUUUACGAGUUAAAAGUGCAAAAAUAUGGAGGAAAGAAAGUUAUCAUUGUCUAACAGUAGGACACAAAAAAUUAUGUCUUUGUUAGAGAAAACACCAAAAUCAUCCAAUAUUCCUGCUCAAGAUCAGAUAGAGGUAGACUACACUCAGAACAAUGAUGGGUUACUCCUCCUAGAUAUUCCUGAAGUUACCAAUCAAAUAUCUGAACCAGUAGCAAAUCAAUAUGAAAGUACCAAUGAUAUUAUAUUAGGCAGCGGUAACGCCAAUUCUCAACCUAUUAGUCCUAUUUUGUCUGGGAUAACCAACGAAGAAAAUUACAAAGAUAUUUAUUCAGUUGCCAAUUUAGAAAAUGCUCUACUUUUUGCUGUGGGUAAAAUAGAUAAUCAUGCAACCAAUAUGGUAGACCGCACUAUGAAGCUGGAUGAAGAGUUUUCGGUAGCAGAAGACCGCGAUAUUGACAGUUUAAUUAUGGUUAUGGAAAACGAAGAUGUCAUACCAGGAUUAGCAGGGGUCAAUCAGAUGGAUGCGACGGAUGCCGACUUUGAAUUAAUCGAUAAAGGUCAUCAAGAAGAAAAUAGUUCACCUUUAAUAGGGAACGAGACUAACAAAGAUGAAAAACCGACGGCAGAUAAUAAUCUCCAAACACUACAAGAACAUGGAAAUAAAAUAGAUGAUCCCGACUUUAUUCCUGGUUUAAAUAUAGCAGAUACAAGUCGUAGUGAUGAAAACUCAAGCAACGCUGUUGAAAGAAAAAGAAAGAAAAGACAGUUUGUUUCUACUAAAGAUUGGAAUGAUAAUAAGAGAAAAGAAAGACGAGAAAUGGGAAAAGAGUAUGCCGGACGUAAAUUAAUUGACGGAAAGUGGAAAUAUAAUAUAAAGAGGGAAGCCAAAAAAAUUAAAGAACCAUGCAACUAUAAAGCAUUAUUGAAAGGUAAAUUACUAAAAUGCAGAAUGUUUUCAGAGCAACAAAGGGAAACAAUAUUUAGGCGCUUUUGGUCAGAAAUGGGAUGGAAUGAAAGAAAAGUGUAUGUUUCAUUUUUGGUGGAUUCUAAAGCAACACAAAGAAGCAGAAAUAGGACAGCAGAAGGAGCAUCAAGAAGAGAUGAGACAUUGGUUUAUUAUUUAAAAAUUAACGAGGAGAGGCAAAGAGUCUGUAAACAGAUGUUUUUAAAUACUCAUUGCGUCAAGGAAAAUAUGAUUUUAGACUGGUUAAAGAAAUCAAAAAUUAAAGAAAAUGUCGAAAAUCAUGAGCCUCAUACAAACAAUAAAGAAGAAAUUAAAAUGAAUCGUUACAAAAAUAUGAAAAAGAACCUAAGAGGUUUUUUUUAAAAAACUACCAAAAGUCGAAUCCCAUUAUUGUCGGGCUUCUUCGACGAAAUUAUAUCUGGAGCCAAAUUGGCAUUCAAAAUCAUCACUUUAUAACUUCU